GUUACCUCCCUGUAAUUGAACUUCCUGUAUAUUGGACAAAACAAACUUUCGUUCAAACAAAGUAUUGUCCAUUUGAUUUACGCUGAAGAGGCAACACACCAUAAUUAGUUUAUGUUUAAGAUUACAAGAUGACUUAAAGAAACCAACAAUGAAUGUGUAAAAUGGCAAACAGAAGUAUGACCAAUAAAAUCAAAGAUCUUCCAUGGUAUCAUCCAAAUGUAGAUAGACAUACUGCAGAGAGUUUAUUGUUACAGAAUGGUGUUGAUGGAACAUACAUGUUGAGAGAUAGUUCUAAGUUAGGAGAUUAUGCACUGUCAGUGAGAUGUGAUCAGGCUGUUAAACAUUUCCCGUUAACAUGGACAGGAACAGUAUUUAAGUUUGGUCAUGGAGAAUUCAGCAGUGUAGAUGAAUUGCUACAUCAUUUCACAAAUAAACCUUUAAUUGGAUCUGAAUCAGGGCAAAUGACAUUACUUAACUACCCAUAUCCUCGGAAUAUAGAGGAACCAAAUGUAUAUGAUACUAUUCGUGUUCAUGCUGAGUUCAGUACAGCAUCAGAAAAUCUUAAAGGACCAGAAUUCUCAAUUAAUUCUAAAGAAGGAUAUCUCACAAAACUUGGAGGCUUGUUUAAGACAUGGAGAAUCAGAUGGUUUGUCCUUCAGAAAAAUGAAUUGAGAUAUUUCAAGGACAAGUUUGACAAGCAUCCUAUACGAGCGUUAGAUUUACAUGAAUGUACCGAGUGUGAACGAGACUCCAGUAUUAAAGGAAAAUUUAAUGUAUUCAGGUUAGGGUUUGCAUGGAGAACUUUUUACAUGUAUUCCUCCACAGAUCAAGAAUCCAAUGACUGGGUGCAGCUCAUUAACUGGAAAUUGAGGCGGAUAAGAGAAGCAGGUUAUCUUCCCAGGAAUAGCUGACCAAACAGUUAACUUUGUUAGUGAAAUUUAGUUUGUGAGCACAAUUGUGAAUUAUAUUGUUAACUACAGACAUGUUAUUUAUGGAACAUCAUUCUUUAACUGAAAUUGUAGAUAUACAUGUAUACAGGAUAACUCAUUAUUUCAUGAUCUUAAUCAUUUAGCAUUUAUUUUCUAAGAUUGAUAACUUAGUAAACCAUGUAUGUUCAGCUGAAGGCAGAGUAUUAAUUUUAAAUGGAUGUAUAUUAAAUGAAUAAAACCACUUCUUUACAUUUUGCAAAAACCAAAUUUUAAAUAAUAUAAGGUGUAUUCACAUAUUUUUUAAAGCACUGCCCAAAUUUAUUUUAUUAAUUUUGUUUUAUAUAUAUGUAGAAAUCCCAUGUGCAAUCUGGACUGCCUAUCAUAAAAUGUAUUCAGAAAUCAUGUGCAAUCUGAACUGCCUAUUGUCAGAAUCUGCUGAUUUAUUUUAUUUUGCUCAGAGAUAAUAAUGAAGCAGCUUUGCUUUUUGUUAGUUCAUAGAACGUUUUAGAAUCUUUAUAAAAGUUAAUCAUUCUUUUAUUGUAAUGAAUGUCAGAAAUCUUUUAUAUCACUUAUGUUUUAUUAUAUCUCAGUUUAAGCAAAUUGAUGGCUAGCUCAAUAUUUGUCAAUUUCAUUCCAGUAUUGCUUUUUUAUGUUUGUUUUUGUGUUAAAUGUAGCUGUGAUCCUUGAUGCCAGUUUCUUGGUAAAAUAUUUUUCUGCUUAAACAAUUCUUUAAUGAUUCUAUGCCAAAAACUAUUUUUACUCGUCUCAUAUUCACUUGCCUUUAUAUUUUUAAUUUACGAAAAGCAUAAUACAUGUAUAUUUAUUGAUUUUUUGGCUUCGACCAAAUAUGUCUUAACUGCAAAAAACUUUGUUGUAAUUGAUUUUAUGGAUACUCUAUUCAUAUUAAUCAAAAUUAUUGGUAUUUUUUUUAAGCCAUCAGUUUAUUUGCAUUUUUUUAAAUAAGGUUAUUUUUUUCAUUACUUAUUUGGUUUUACAUUUUUCUAGCCUGCAUUUUGUAUUUUAUUUUGAUUUAUGCACACAAAAUAAUUUGCUGAAAUUUUAAAAAAGAGAAAAAAAUUGUUUAAUAAGAAAUUACAUGGAAGGUUUCUCCUUCUCAUUAUAUCUUUAUUUUGACAUUAAACAGGUUAUAAUAAAUGAAAAUGCUAAAUCCUAUAUAAAGAAAAGCUAAAUUAACAUAAGCUCGUAAUAUCAUAUUUUCUCUCUUUAAAUUGUGUACAAAUAGUUUACUUCAUUAUUCAUUAUUUGUCAGAAUACUUCUCUAAUAACCCUGUAGUCAAAUGAUUAAUGUACGGGUCAGUAUCUAGUGCAAUGAAAUGUUAUAGUACAAGUAUUUAUCCUAAGAUGUUGAGAAGUUGAUACAUUGAAUGAUGCUAUUUUUGUUUUACAUUUAUUCUCUUGGACAGUAUACUGUCAAAUCAAUAUGCUAUGCACAAUCUUAUAACUUUAAUUGGACUUUAUGUUGGGGGUUCAUUUUGGGCUAAUUUAACUACAAAGAACAAAAAAAUUGGUUGAAAAUUUUCCCCAGCGUAAUAUAGAAGUAUUUAUAUGAAAAAUGCCCCCAAAAAACAAAAAAAAACUUGAAUCUUAAUUAAAAAGUAUAUUCAUGAGAAUAUCUGACUGGAAUUGUAUUGACGAAAUAUUCAAUUUUGUGAUGCAUACUCCAAACCUGAUGAUUUUUUUUAUUGAAAAAUUCCUAUGCAAAUCAAGUAUGUAAAAAAAAAAUCCAUGGAGGACAGGGUUAAAUAUGAAAUUCUAAUCUUAUAAAUAAUGAAAUGUUGCAAGGCCUGACAAAUAAGAAAAUAAAACUUGACUCAUCUUAUAAGGAAAAAAAUAUAUAAGUUUUUAAAUGGAGCCUUUCAAAAUGAAAUUAUAAAUCUCAGUAUGCUGUAAAAGAUUUUUACAAGCUUAUCUAGUGUGUGGAACUGCAUAUAAAUAUGAAAAAUUACAAAUGUAACUUUUAACUCCUCCAAAAAUUGCAAAAUGAAAUAUCCUUCUUUUGGAAGUACACAUGUAUAAAAUGCAAAUAAAUAUUGUUAAAACAGUACCUACUUUGUUUUAUUGUUAACAUUGUUAAUUCUCAUUAGACCACAACAAAUAAUUAUAUCUGUUUGCUCAAACCAUCUGUUGCUGGUAAAUAAGUUUGUUAAUUAUUUCUGGUCUUUUGAAUUUGUUAUCUCUUAUUUUUUUAAUCAAUUCCUUUGUAUCUGUGAUUAUAUCCUAGCUGUAGUAUGAUAUUAUGUGUGUUGUGUUUGUUUUGUGACCAUGUAACUUACAAGGCAUUGUCUUCUUAGUAAUGUUUAUAUAUUUUCUAUCACAAUAUUUUUGUUUCCAAGUUUUAAAAUUUUUGUUUUUUCUUAUAUGUUAGAUGAAUUAUUAUGUAUGUAUAUAUAUUUAGUAGAAAAGAGUGUUUUGUGAACUUAAUCUUUGAACACCCCCCAAUUAACAACGUUUAAACAUUAAAACAUUAUUAUAAAAUACAAAUUUCUAUAGUAAUAAACCUUUCCUUUUGAUGCUGAUGGGCUUUUACCCCUGAAAUGUCUGGGUACUGGCUAUUUCUUUCCUCUUGUAGGAAAAGUUAUUAGGAGAGAUGAUAAAGCAUUUGUACCUUAAUUCCAGUUAAGGCUGUUAGAUGUUGGUCAAAAGUUAAAGUAGAUCACAUUGGCUGUCAGGCAACACAUGAAUUGCCAUUAGAAAGAUUUGUAAUACAUGUAAAGUUCAGAUCUAUGCAACACCAAUUCAUAGAGAAAUCAUUUUAUUGUUUACAUGAUAAGUGACAAAGGUCCACACUAAAAUAAGGUCACCAUGCAUGAUCUUCAAUUUAUACUCAACUCUUACUGUGAUGUAAAAAGAUAGGCUUAAACUUAACAUCUGAAAUGCCAAAGUCAUUUUUUGUCUAUAUGUCCUGCUUGAUCUACCAUGGUCAAGUUUUCUUUAUAUUAUUGCUUAUCAAUUUGGUUUGAUUUUAUAACCACAUCCUCCAUAAAAAAUCUCCAGGGGUGGAUUUAGGGGGGACAGGGGGCCCACACCUCUUUUCUGGUUGCUUAUAUAGGGAAUCACCAAAGCAUGACUAGAGCGGGCCCCCUCUUAGGCAGUCAAGCGGCCCCCACUGAUGAAAAUUUCUGUAUCCACCACUGAUCUCAAUAUGAUAUCUUAAUGUCAAAGUACCAAAAAUUUUAAAAAAGGCCAAUUAAUUUACAACAUAACGGUAUGUACAUUACUAAUAUGUUCAUUCUUGUAUUCUACAUUAAGAUUAAUUUAAUAUAUAAGGUUAUAAAUAGUUUUCUAAGUGAAAAUAAUGAGUCAACAUUUUUUUAGGAAAAGUUGUAUGAAAACAUUGUAUGAGAGAAGCAGUUUCAUUAACAUUGUGGAUUAUUAAGACAUAUUUCAUUGACUGCAUACUUUGAAAAAAAAAUGUGCUAUUUAUUAUCUCUCCUUAGUACUGGUGGGUAUGAUAAACUGUA